GCACCUAACACAGAGGCCGCUAUACUCAGUGCCAUUUCCCCACAACAACCAGCCAUUACAUAGCUAGCUGUUUAAGGUCUGUGAGUUUGAAGCUAGCAUGAAUGCAAAGCAUCAAAUUAAAUUCAAGAACGGCUACUUCAGGUGAUAUAAGUUGCAACAAUGCAAUAAAAUGAAUGCUAGGCAAAAAAAAUAAUCUUGAUUAAAAAAAAUACUUUCUUACCUGAAAAUCAGAUUUUUGCUUUUAAAAUUCACAGUGCUGCUAACAGAGACAUGUCACUUCUCAUGUGAGCUUGAAAAUUAAAUUGGCGUCUACGAUAUUGAUGACAUCACCGCAGUUGUUUUCCGAUAUACUGAAAAUGUUACAGCUAACCCAGUGUUACACCACUCCCCGGUCUCCCCUAUUAGCUCUGGAAAAGAUGUUUUGCUGACAGUAUAGUGAACCAAUGAACUGUAUACAUGGUGAGCAUUAAAGAUAAUUUUUGAAUUAAAAAACAAUAGAAAGAAAAACAUCUUAACUAGAUUUUCUGUAUGUUUUGUAUCUUUAAACCACAACUUAGAUCUCCCUCAGAAGUUGUCUUCAUGGAAUGGAAUUAGGUAUGUAUGUGUGUGUAGGGGUGGGGGGGGGGGUACUUGGACUCGUGACCUCACUGACCUAUCUCUUUACCAUAUGUGGUAUCAUCCCUGGCAGUUAAUGAUAUCACUAUCGUUCUAUUCAUUGGAAGUGUGGCAUUUUGAGUCAUAAAAUCCAGCUCUGCGCGUUCUGCGCCAGUGAGCAAGGUGCAAACAAAUCAAUAUUUCCACAGAGGGGAGAAUAUUACUGCUCAUAUUGACAGUGACGACACCACCAAGAGCCAAUUCACAUUUCACAAUAACGACCUGCAGCUCAAACAUAAGUCAUUUUGAAAAACUGCACCAGGGAGCUGAAAGUGCUAAUGGCAGCUGUUUAAAUUCAGAAAAAUGUACAGUACACUACCGCUCUCAAUGAAAGGAGCAGAAUUGAUCGAUGGCUCCAUUCAUUCACUUUCCCAACCGCCCCCAUUUCAUCAAAAUGGCGUGACCUAUGGCUGCUGCCCAACUGGUGGAGCACAGAGGGUUCCCCGCCACAGAGGAUAUAAAUACAUGGAGAGCGAGCAAUUACCUAGAAGCAUUUACCCUCUCGUCGUCUCUUUGGACACCAGGCUCAAAAGAUCUCUGACACCAUGAAAGGUUUGAGGACCAUCACAUUAACUUAUGUACUCACCCUUUUACUACUGGCGUCCUUUAUUGCACAGUCGUGGAGUGCACCGAAGGGCUCUUUCCAACGGAGAAACUGGACCCCGCAGGCUAUGUUGUACCUCAAGGGCACUCAGGGACGCAGGUUCAUCUCAGAAGACCGAAAAGAAGGAGAUGUCUAUGACACAUUACACUUAGAGACCCGCAGUCAGAACACAGAGAAACUGAGCGUGGAUCAGGCUGCCACUGUCCUGCUCAAUUUCCUGCAGCAGACCAGAGAGGGAGCCGAUGAAAACCCAAAUGACGUGUAUUUCCAGGAGCUGCCAGUGUGGAAGAGAGAAUAUUUCUGAUUUUUGAAUACAAGGUGUUCGGUUCUUUGUGAGGGAGAAGAACAGCUGUUUUGUAAAUAUGAAUUCUCUGACUACGUUUGAAAUGUGAUGUUUUAAUAAAAAGAGUAUGUAUUCAUAGCACUA